AUUUCAUUACUAUACUAUAGAUCAUUAAUAUUUAUUUAUUUUCAAUAAAUAAAUUGACAACUAAUCAUCAUGAUAUAAUGAAUUAAUCAUAUUUUCACACAUAUAAUAUUAUUUAUACAUAUCACUCUCAAUUCUAUCUCAUCAACCAAAAAAAUCUAUAUAAACAACUUCUACCCUCUACAACAAGUAAACCUAGCUAUAUAUAUACUAUUUUUUUUUCUCUUUCAAUUAUUCUUUCUUUCUCAUACUCAUUAUAUUAUAAAAAUGAGUCCAAAUUAUUACAACUACAUAUUUUUAUAUGUAGUGGUAGUAGUUUUGUGUUUGGUAGGGUUCGGAAGCUCGGAUUUCGAGCAAGACAAGGCGGAAUGUGGUGACAAAUUGGUAGGGUUAGCAACCUGUCUCCCGUUCGUUGGUGGUGAAUCGAAAAACCCGACACCGGAUUGUUGUGUAGGGUUCAAGGAUGUAAUAAAUAAGUACUCAAAAUGCAUGUGUGUUCUCAUAAGGAAUAAGGAUAACCCUAACCUUGGGCUCAAGAUCAAUACCACUCUUGCCUUGAGACUCCCUUCGGAUUGUCAUGCACCCUUUAAUGUCUCUAAAUGUAUUGAUCUUCUUCAUUUGAAAUCUGACUCGAAAGAGGCUAAAGAGUUUCAAGGAUAUGCAAAGAUGCUUAGUGAUCAUACCAACAAGACAACAUCUUCUACUCCAACCACCACUGGGAGUGGAGGAAAAAGUGCUACAAUGGAAGACAAGAGCAGAAGUGAGAGAAUUAAGAGUUGGCAAGGGAUACAAAUGGUGUUGGUCACUUUCUUAUGGUUACUACUUCCUAUUCUAUUCUUUUCUACCAUGUAAUAUUAAUAAUCAUCAUAUCUAUUUUGUAAUAAUAUCAUUUACUUUUCUCUUUGUUUUAGUUAUAAUUUAUAUUUCAAAUUAAUAAAUAAGUUUGAUAUGUAUACAUUUUUUUUUUCAAUAAUUUGAUGUUUUCCCAA